CCAAUGUGGAGGCGGAGGGAGGAGGGCCCAAAGACAUGUCCCUUCACGCUCGCACCAGCUGAAAACAGAGCAGGAAAGUCGCUAGAGCGUUUUCCAGCAGCGCAGGAAGCCUCCCUGCCCCGCUCUCGCCCCAGGAGCCCUCCCGUACUCCACUACUCUGGGGGGGUGGCUGUCCCGCACCCGCCGGGCGAUGAACAUCGCAAGGAGAAGAGGCUUUUACAGACAGGAGGUGAACAGCACGCUCUGGGAGCUGCCCAGGAGAUACACAUCCCUGCACCCGCUGGGCUCCGGGGCCUACGGCUCCGUCUGCUCAGCCAUAGACAAGAAGACAGGGGAGAAAGUGGCCAUCAAGAAGCUGUGUCGCCCCUUCCAGUCGGAGAUCUUUGCCAAGAGAGCCUACAGAGAGCUGAUGCUGUUGAAGCACAUGCAGCACGAGAACGUCAUUGGGCUGCUUGAUGUCUUCACCUCCACUGCCUCCUACCAGGGGUUCCAGGACUUCUACCUGGUGAUGCCAUACAUGCGGACAGAUUUACAAAAGAUCAUGGGACAUGAAUUCAGUGAUGAAAAGAUCCAGUACCUGGUCUACCAAAUGCUGAAAGGGCUGAAGUAUAUUCACUCAGCUGGCAUCGUCCACAGGGACCUGAAGCCAAGUAACCUGGCUGUGAAUGAAGACUGCCAGCUGAAGAUCUUGGAUUUUGGCCUGGCCAGGCAGGCUGAUGCAGAGAUGACUGGCUACGUGGUCACACGGUGGUACAGAGCCCCAGAGGUCAUCCUCAACUGGAUGCACUACAACCAGACAGUGGAUAUCUGGUCUAUUGGCUGUAUCAUGGCAGAAAUGCUGACUGGGAAAACACUCUUUAAAGGAAAAGACUACCUGGAUCAACUGACCCAGAUCCUGAAGGUAACAGGGCAUCCAGGAGAGGACUUCUUGGAGAAGCUGGAGGACAAAGCGGCAAAGAGUUAUAUCAAGUCCCUUCCUAAAAUCCCCAAGAAGGAUUUGUCUGUGCUUUUCCCUAAAGCAAAUCCUCAGGCUGUGGACCUGCUUGACAAGAUGCUGCAGCUGGAUGUGGAAAAGCGCCUUACAGCAACAGAGGCCUUGGCUCACCCCUACUUCGAGCAGUUCCGGGAUAUUGAGGAGGAGACAGAGGCACAGCACUCCUAUGAUGAUUCUCUGGAACAUGAAAAGCUUUCCAUAGAGGAGUGGAAAAAGCACAUUUACAAGGAGAUCUUGACCUUCAGUCCCAUUGCACGGAAGGAUUCAAAGAAGAGAAGUGGGAUGUCGUUAUAGCCAUGGGUGCAGCUGUGCCUGGGACUCAGUUCUCCCUGGUGACAUCAGAUUCAUUCCACACUGCCUUGCUGGUGGCCAACUUCUGCCCCGUGGGACCUCUCUCUGUGUGCCAGCACAAGGAUGACACGGUGCUGUGGGCAUUGGACUUUGUUCUUCUAAAGGGGAAGCACUCCAGACAGUUUUCAACAUAAAGACAAAUAUAUUCUUGUUGAAACUU